GUUUUUAUUGUUAUGGUAAUUUACUGGUUUAAUGAAAAUUUUGUUGAAAAUUCUGGUUUUGUUUAUUAUUUUAUAGUAAUUAUUUAUUGACUUUAUGAUGUCUUUUGCCGCCCGACAAACUUUUCAGUUUCUUUUCUCUUAGACUGUCAAACCUCAUAUACCAUUGAUCAGGUUUAGAAAAGGUGGCCUCGACAAAACAGCUGGUGUUUCUGGCUUGAACUCACCAUCUUCGUCCUCCGCACCAUCCAAAAAUACCAUUGAUGAAUCUCAGCUACCACUGAAAUAUCAAAGAAAACCUUUAGGCAGUCUUGAGAUUGAGAUAAUUCAAAGAGGAGGGCCUGAUUUAUAACAAUUUAGCCGAUAAUAGCUCAAAUUAAAUUGACAACCUGUUGCAUUAUAUUAAUAAUUUAAACUGUUUAACUAGCUAACAAUAUGAACAUUCUACAUCAUAAAAGUUGGCAUGUAAGAAAUAAAAAUAAUAUAGCUAGAGUUAGAAGAGAUGAAGCAAAAGCAAAAGAAGAGGAAGAAGCCAAAGAGAAAAGGCAACUAAUUGCAGAAAGUGAAGCACGAAUAAAUCUGCUUCGAUCCAGUUCAACUCGAAACGAAACCCCAGUCGACCAAAUAGCCGCUAUUUUUACUGAAACCGAGCCAUCUUCAGCCAAUGACGACCGGAAGAACGAAGAUCAUGCUAAGGAGGUUAAAAAAGAGAAAGAAGAAUGGGAGAAAAAAGUAGGAAUUCUUACAUUUUUAGGCCAAGGAUGCAAUGAAGUUGAUAAACCAUGGUACCUCCAGAGCCAUACCAAAAGAAUGUUUCCAGAUUCAAAAGAUGAUUCUAGUUCAACAUCUUCAAAUCAAGUAAAUUUUCAUCAUAUAGCUGACCCUUUAGUAGAUAUGCAAAGAUAUUUAGACAUCAUGAAAAAGAGUAAACCUACAUCCGUUAAAUCUAGUAAACAUGCAGGCCUUCCAACUGUAACUAAAGAGAUAGAACGAGAUAUUUCAGUCCCGAUUAAUAAAAAGAAGGUUAAAAAGUCUAAAAAAUCCAAAAAAUCUAAAAAGAGAAAGCACGGAAAACUCAAAAGUCGCCAUAAACGGUCGAAAAAAUCCUCCUCAGAAGAAGAUAGCUCAUCCAGUGACGAAAGUGUCGAUCAGGAGGAAAAGCGGGCAAAAUUGGAAUCUCUCAGAGCUGAAAGAUUGCGUCGAGAGAGAGCUGAACGUGAAAGAGUUGAUCGAUUAUUAAAUAAACAAAUUAAACCUGAACCUGUCAUCGAAGCUGAUCGUGAUAGAAGAUACAAUUCACAAUACAAUCCACACUUGGCUAAACAAAACAUGGAUGUGAACCGCUGAUUUUCAAAUUCCAUCAAUAAUAUUAAUUCAAACCAAAAGAAAUCACUUUAAACUAUUUAAAUUUCUGAAAUGCCCUCUAUUUAAAUACAUACGUGUUAGCUGCUGCUGACGAUUCUAUAACAUCUAGAAUCCAUUCUAAUAUUUGCAACAUUUUGUCAAUUCAAUUUAUAACUUAUACCACUAGUUCUUUAUUAUUACCGUACAAUGUUACUAUUUCAUGUAUCCUAGAUUAAAUAUAAUUUAACGAUAUAAUAUUUAUUUAAUUUUAUGUGCAACAUAAAUUGAUUUUUGAAUGGUCUAACAGCAGACAACUAACAGAUAUUAUCAUGUUCAUUGAUAACUGGCUAAAUAUUUAUCCAAUCUUCGGAAUGGUGAGCUUAACUAGUGGUUUGCUUUUAUUAUGUAGCUUUGUCCGUAGAAGACCCAGAAGAGAUCAAAAUUUUGAAAACAAUUCUUCAAUGUCAACAGGUCGUUCAAUACAUCUUUUAACAAAUGAAGAUUCAAAUAAAGUCCUUCGAAUGAGUCUCAGUAAAAGUGAAAAAAGGAGUAAAGGUUCAAGUGAUUUGGUUGAAAUAGAACAGAAACCACGACAUACUAUGGUGAUAAUUCAAGAAGAGGACUCGAUAACAGACAAAGGUAAACGUGAAAUAAUCCCUGAGAUUGUAGUUGAAACUGCACGAGUAAAACCUAAGAAAUCAAAAUCAUUGGAUAAAAGAAAGUCUUCGGAAGCAAAAGUGCGUAAAAGCCAACCAGAUUUACAUGCAGUUGAAGAGUCAACACGGAUUGAAUCAGAUGAAAACAUUUUCUCAUUAGAUUCCAUUAAAAGCAAAUCAAAUUUGUCAGUUGCUUCAAAUGUCUCAAUUAGAAGUCGCAUUGAAUCUGAACCAGAAAUAUCAACCAUCAGAACAAUAUAUCGUUCAGAUAAAAAGAAGUCGCCCAGAUCUUUCAUUGAUACCGAGGAUUCUGAUGAAGAUGUUCACCAACCAAAAUAUCAAGCUAAAAAAUAGACGCUUGUCUUGUAAUAGUUUGUACUCACAUUUGUCCGGGCAAAAGUAUAGUUACCAAUCCAAUAAAUGCUUCAAUAAUCAGCAAAUCUGUAAAUAAUGUUUAAAAA